GUGAAGAGCUAAACCGCAACCUCCAAGAAGGUUACACAAAGCUAGCUAAUAUCCAAUCCCCUUAACUUUUAGUUCAACCCUUUGGAAUAAUCAGGGUUUCUGAGAUCCUUCCUGGACCAGAAAAUUAAUUUAUAAGUCAUCUCUAUCUUUAGCUUAAUUUGGAAUUUUGGUUAUAUAGGUGUAUAUUUUGCUUAUCAUCUCGAUCUCUUCCUUGUUCAAAUUUUUGUUUUUGUGAAUUAAGCUGCUGAGAUUUCUCGAUCUUCUUCGUUUCUGUUACCAACUAGCUCUUUGUUUUUAGAUUUGAAACACAAACCUAGCUAGCUAUGGAGGCUGUUGCUUUAGACCGGUCGAUGUCUUCCUGCAAGCAAAUUAGAAUGAUGAUGGCAAGAAGAAGCUUCCCUUCCUCUGAAAAUGUUGCUCCAAGUAUGAACUUCCAUGGAGGUCUCUUGCAGGCUCCUCAUGCUCAUCCUCCUCCCUCAUUCUCCUCCUUUAACCCCUCCCUCUUCAAUCAUUAUAUGCAGCAACAGUUUCUUCAACCACAGCAGCAACCGCCUCUGCUUCCUCUGCCGGUUUCAAAACCACUACACCAGUCUCUCCCAUCUCGUACUCGAAGCCUCUCCCGCCCUCCCACCGCCAGAAAGACCAACAACGCCAGAAGCCAAUCCCUGACUCCAAAGAAGCCAAAGUCGAAACAAUCCAAGAAGGAAGACAUUAAUUCCAUGCCUGCAGACUGCUUCAUCAUUGCUUCCACCACCCGUUUGGGACCCGAUCCAAAUGAUCUCCCUAGAGAUGUCACUAAGGUGUUGUCAUCUUCAUCGGGUAAGACUACUCUUAUUGGUAGUGUUGGAGUUGGAGAACACAAGGACAAUUUUUCAAGUUCCAUUUUCACUCUCGCACCACCUCCGAGUAGCUUGCCCCUGCCGAGGUUUUCUCUGAAACCGCCGAGGCGAUGCAAGGCAGAAGCUGUGGGAGUUGAUGCCGGAGCAACGGACAAUCUAUGCCGUCUUCUACGUCUCCGGUGAACGGCUGAAAAUUGUUCUUUAUAUAAGUAUAAGGGAUUGGUGGCCAUAUAUGUUGGUUUGUUUAUGUAAAUAAAGGCAUCAGGGAAGAGGGUAUCUGAUGAUUUACAUUUGAAUCCCUCUCAUGCUUGGCAAAUUUGUGAUCACCACCUGGGUUUUUGAUUGGGGUGCACAACAAAAUGCAGCAUGUAUUUAGGAGUUAGGAGAAUGCCCAAGGAUUCUUCUUUAUCACUUUUCUUUCUUUUGUUGGUCACCAAGAAUUAAUAUCAACUGUUAUUUACUUAUAAA